AUGAAUGCAGACGACGCGGCCUUCAUUGGCAUCGUUCUGCUCGCCAUUAGCCUUUCCUGUACGGACUCGCUGCCCAUUAUGAUGGCCACCAACGUCGCCGGCGCCAGAGCCACUAACACAGCUAAUGCGGCGCCUGCCAUCGCCCGGACCAACGACUCGAUUGCCAUGCAUGAACUCCUGGACGCGAUGCGAGCAAGCUUCGGGACUAUUGAUCAAACAUUCAGAGAAAUCAAUGAACAAUCAGUGAAUCUGUCCUCAGUAGGCCCCACAAUGCAGGACGUGGAUGGACAGAUGCGGGCGCUCCUCCAGGAAAUUAAGGAGCACGGGGAGAAUGAGGACUCGCGUAUCAAAGAUAUCAAGAAGAUGAUAAAGGGCGAUGUCAAACAAAAUAUUGCUGAAAACAUGAAGGCAGAUAUCAAAGAGCAGAUUAGGAAGGAAUUAGCUCUCCAGGUCCCGGAAGAAAUCCAAAGACAGAUUGCUGACCACCUUCCCGUAUCACUCCAUGAACAAUCUAGGGAGUGUAAGCUUCAAAUUAUUGAAGUUGAGAACGCGCUGGCAAACUCAAAAGCGCGAAAACUGAAUUCCACGUUUGAUGUCGACAACCUGGGUGACACCCUUUCAGUUGUCUUGAGGGCAGACGGAACUAAGAGCGGUGUAUUCCCGGCCAAUCUAAAUUCGCUAUUUGCAUUUGAUGCAACCACAUUGAAGAAACUUCUCGGAGACUAUGACAUCCGUGAGCAGGAGUCGCGGGAAAUGAAUUUAAAUAAGUUCAUUUCGCACAUAGGCGUCCCCUUCCGCUUGGUUUCUAUUCCAGCCCCUGGGGAAAUCAAGAAUAUGCAACGCACGGCUUGA